AUGGAUACACUCUUAACCCAACUGGACGCCCUCGUCCUCAAGCCCGAGCUUGCACCGUUCUUAUCUCUGAUUAAAGGUGCCCGCAAUGGUAUCGUCUACGGAUCAAAAGUGCGGUUUCCGCAUGCGCUGGUUAUGAUCUUUCUGUUCCGAUCAGGAACAUUCCGAGAAAAGGUUAAGCUUGUGCUGAAGGCAACACGACAACAUGCACGGAAUCUUUCCACCUUUGCAAUCAUAUAUAAAUUGUCGAUGAUCGUUCUCCGCAACAUAAAUCCCUCGGGCCCGGCAAAAGAGGGCCGAUACGAUAGCUUCUUUGCGGGCUUGCUAGGAGGAUAUGCGGUCUUCGGGCGACAGCCAGGAAGCGUCAGCCAGCAGAUUGUCAUAUACAUCUUCGCUCGCGUGAUGCUGGCCCUCGGCAAACUCGCCGUCGAACCCAACAUGCACCCCCUCUCCCCUCUCUUCACCCCCGAAGCCCGGGCCAAGAUUUACGAUCACGCCUGGCCCGCAUUCGCCAGUUGCAGCUGGGCCCUUGUCAUGUAUAUCUUCCGAUGGUACCCUGAGACCCUGGCGUCUAGCUUGCGGAGUAGCAUGGUCUACAUCUAUGAGGAUUCGGACCAUUGGGAUUCCUUGCGAAACCUGCUCCUUCAUAACAAAUGA